AUGGAUUUUGUGAAGCGGCCGGUUGGGAACUUUCCUGGAAAAUGUCGCAAAAGGAAAAGGCCUCUGCCAGGUCCACCCGGCCCGCCUGGCCCCCCAGGACCGCAGGGCCCUCCUGGAGCUCCAGGGGCAGAAGUCACUCAGGAAGUGCUGCUUCAGGAGUUCAAAGAAAUGGUUAAAGAGGCUUCGGAGAGGAGAGUUGUGGCCCUGGACAGAGCUGUGGCCAGUCCCAGUCUGCUGCCCGCUCCUCUGCUCGCUCUGGACGCCAUGACGUCAUAUCGCCGCGUAGAAGAAGCAUUCCACUGCAAACUCAAAGGACCAGUGCUCGUGGACAAGAAAACCCUGGUGGAGCUGCAGAACUUUCAGACACCUCCUGCCAAAGGAGCGUUCUUGAGAGGAUCCGGCAUGGACCAGACCACAGGCCGAUUCACGGCCCCCAUCACAGGCAUCUACCAGUUCUCUGCAAAUGUCCACAUUGAUCAUAAUGAAAUGAAGAGGAGCAAGAGUCAGCUUAAAGCCCGGGACAAUGUGCGAGUCCUGAUCUGCAUCGACUCUCUCUGCCAUAGAUACACAUCCCUCGAAAUGAUUGUUGGUUUGGAGAGUAACAGCAAAAUAUUCACCGUCAGUGUCCAAGGACUGCUGGAGCUACAGGCGGGACAAUACACCUCCAUAUUUGUGGACAACGCAGCCGGAGCUUCUAUUACAAUACAGAAUGGAUCCGACUUCAUGGGCAUGCUACUGGGGGUAUAG